UCCAUGGGUGAGGCCGUGGUCCAUGAGAGCAUCAUGGUCCUUCAGUGCUGCCUAUGGAUGUUGCUCUUACUCUCCACAUGGUCCCCAACUGCGCAUGCUAAGUACAGCAGUCCUCCAGAAGUAGUGAUACCCUUGAGGGUCACUGACACUACUAAGCAAGAUAUUUCCUCAGAUUGGCUGUCCUAUAGCCUGCGCUUUGGAGGAAGGAGACAUAUUAUCACCAUGAAACACACAAAAUACUUUAUAUCCAGAAACUUCCUACUGGUCACCUAUAGUGACAAAGGUAACCGCCUUGUAGAAGAACCUUUUGUGCGAAGUGACUGCUACUACCAUGGCUAUAUAUAUGGAGAUCCAGAUUCCACUGUCAUUAUUAAUACCUGUUUUGGGAGUUUGCAAGGCAUACUAGAGAUAAAUGGCACAGCUUAUGAAAUCAUGCCAAAGAAUCUGGCUUCCACAUUUGAACAUCUCAUAUACAAAAUAGACAGGGAGGACUCAGAAUUACAUUCUAUGAGAUGUGGGUUAACAGAUGAAGAAAUAGCGCGACAAAUGAAGAUUCAAGAAAGCAAGGACUCCACACUAAUGCAAAGCCAAUAUGAGAAUUGGUGGACCCAUCACAAGUAUCUUGAAUAUUUUGUGGUGAUAGAUAAUCAACGAUAUGUUUAUAGAGCAAAUAAUGUCACAACCUGUAUGCGAGAAAUGUUGCAAAUUGUCAGCGGAAUAAAUGGCUUUUAUCUUCAGAUAGAUAUUCAUGUGGUUUUAACAACACUGGAAGUUUGGACCCAAACAAACAAAAUCAAUGUAACAAGAUCCAUAGGUAAUGUCCUAUCUAAUUUCUGUGACUGGAAAGAAAAGAAUGUUGACAAUCGCUUUAGACAUGAUAUUGCACAUCUUUUUGCCAGGCAAAGUUAUGGUGGAUCUUUAGGGCUAGCUUUUAUAGGUACAGUUUGCUCAUCAUUUAAUUGUGCAGUUAACAGUUUCAUGUUUGAUACAACAACAGACAUGGCAUUCAUUAUUGCACAUGAGAUGGGUCAUAAUUUGGGUAUGGAUCAUGACGAGAAAUACUGUACAUGUGGGCUAUCAAAUUGUAUAAUGGCCCCAGCAAAAUCUGACUCCCCUAGAUUCAGCAACUGCAGUUAUCAGUAUAUGUAUUCCACGAUUACCAGGAGAAAUUGUUUGAAUAAUGAUCCAGAUAUAGUCGUAACCCUCAACCUCACCUUGUGUGGCAAUAAUGUGGUUGAGGAAGGAGAGCAGUGUGACUGUGGAUCCCUGGCAUCCUGUCUACAUGAUCCAUGCUGUAGCCAAGACUGUGUGUUCAAACCCAACGCUGAAUGUGCUCAAGGGCCUUGCUGCGAAGACUGCAAGUUCAAACCACCAGGAACACUGUGUAGAAGACAGAAGAAUGAAUGUGACCUUCCAGAGUGGUGCAAUGGGACUUCAGCUGAGUGUCCAGAAGACGUAUACAAGAAAGAUGGAAGCCCUUGCGGGGGUGAUGGUUAUUGCUAUAAAAUGAAUUGUCCUAAACGUGAAGAACACUGUCAGAGACUGUUUGGCAAAACAGCCAGGAGUGCAAAUAAGAAUUGCUACAUGAAAAUGAACAAACAGGGUGACCGUUUUGGUAACUGUGGUAACGAUAGCUCUAACUACAGAAGAUGCGAGAAUGCUGAUGUACUCUGUGGACGAAUUCAGUGUGAAAAUGUAAGACAGAUUCCACGUAGGAGGAGCCAUGAAACAGUGCAUUGGACUCACUUCAAUAAUGUCAACUGCUGGAGUAUAGACUAUCAUUUUGGAAUGACAUUAGAAGACAGCGGAGCAGUGACAGAUGGCACAGGUUGUGGUCAAAAUCUUAUAUGUGUUAACAGGAAGUGUGUCCCUAAGUCUGAUUUGUUAAGUAACUGUUCAGCAUUCCAGUGCAAUAUGAAAGGAGUCUGCAACAAUAAACAUCACUGCCAUUGUGACGUAAAAUGGGAGCCACCAGACUGUCAACGAAGUGGCUUUGGAGGUAGUAUAGACAGUGGACCUCCUCCAAGAAUAUAUCCUAAGAAGUCCAAGAUGAGUAAGCUCAUACUAGGUUUUUUAAUUCUUUUUUUGGUGGUGUUACUUUCCUUGAUAUUCCUAAUUACAAAAAAGAAAUCUCAGCACAAACUCAAGGUAGAAGAAAUGCUAGAGCCAGAACCUGAACCCCUCAUUGAAGCUUUACCUGAUGGUUUACAUCAGAAAGUUGGGAAAAGUUAA